UCACCUUAUGUUUUCCACAUUUGCAGCUUACUAGUCCUUGGCGUUGUGCACAUUACUUUUCUGAUAUCUGCGCAUUUGUGGUAAUAACAAGCAGACUUGAAACACGCAUUGCCCGAGUUUUUAACUCUUCCAAACAAAAAUAAAAAUUAUUGCCGAAGCACUUCGUCUGAAGACUUCUCGCUCGCAUGUUCCAUGUUCAGAAUAAUAUUGCAGCAUCCAUAGAGACAGUAUUAACAUGUCUGUGGAGGCAACAGGUGUCGACUGCCUUGAAACUGCUGGGAGUCUGCUGGUUCUGCUCGCGUUGUAUCAAAUGUGACAGCAGAUGGUGGGCAGAGCUUUGGAACGAUUUCAGUAAAAGCUGAGUAUACUUACAGCAGUAACUACGGUAGACAAAAGCAACUCCACAGGAACAUCACACAUGAUGUUCCAAGGAGUACAAUCAAAUCAGGGAAAAGGAAAGAUUGUGCUUGAAGUUACUUGUCCUGGCCUGACACAGCAUGAAGGUGAUUUCAAGAGGAGUGAAGUUGUAUCUUUACAAUGCUCAUAUCCACUGAAGAUCCUAGCACCAGAGCAUGCAGGGCUGUCUGUAUGUCGAUGGAUCUAUCCUGUGAACUUUGGAGGUGGUCUUGUUGGAGGAGACCAUAUUGAUAUCACAGUUUCUUUAGGAGACAACUGUGCUGCCCUUGUUACAACUCAGGAGUCUACAAAAGUAUACCACUGCAGAGAUGCACAGGAAACGCAGCAGAAUAUGGAGUACUUUCUGCAUGGUACAACUUUUCUGGCUAUUCUUGGGGAUCCAGUUGUUUGCUUCGCUGAUGCACAGUUUUGUCAAACUCAGAAAGUGUAUAUGUCUGAGGACAGCAACAUUGUUCUGCUGGAUUGGUUGACAGCUGGCAGAGUAGCCCUAGAAGAGAUCUGGAAUUUCAAAAGCUAUCAAAGUUUAGUUGAAGUAUAUAUAGACAAGCAUCUGGUUUUCAAAGACAAUCAAAGGCUGUCUGAUGGUCCUUACUUCACACUCAGAGAGGCUAUGGGUAGUUUUCAGGUGCUUGGCAUGUGCGUGGUCCUUGGAGACAGAAUGCAUAAUCUUGUAGAUCAUGUGAAGCAACUUUAUGGUACUCCACAUUCCAUUGGUAAACCUUUAUCAAAAGACCUCAUCUGCAGUUACAGCCCUCUCACUCUUGAGUGCAACAAUAAAGUCAUAAAUGGCUGCUAUAUCAGAUUUGUUGCCACAUCUACUACUUUGGCUUACAGUGUUGUUCAACAAGUAACAUCUUGUCUUGUGGAGAUACUGGGUGGUGAUCCCUUCAGAAAGAAAUACUGACUUCCAGUCUCUAUGGCAGAACUGCAUGAAAAUGGAAAUUAGCAUUUUUGGAUUCAAACCCUAAAAUUUUGGAGGAACAGACAUAUGCCAAAAGAAGGAAAAUGUAUAAGAUACUGUAGUUUCCUGGUCUUGCAAAGCACCAUGAAGCAAAUGAUGUUUCUUGGACCUCCAUCAGUCAUGGUUUGGAUCUAUUUCUUGACAAUCCAUGAAACGAUACUUGUAACCUAUUUCAAUAUUUUUCCUGCCAAGUUUUUUUUUUAAUAAUCAGUAGUUUCAUAGCUCGCAUAAAUAAUUAUAAAAAGAAAAAAGAGAAUUUUAUCUUGUUAGUUUGACAAUGAUCAGUAUGAGUAACUUAAUUUUUUACCCUACAGUGCUUUCCUAACACUUUAUUUAUUUGUGCACUUUAUGUCCUUGGCUAUUGGCAUUCUACAGAAAGAAAUUAUUUUUUAUAUAUAUAUAUUUUAAAUCUAUUUCAGCUUAGAUUUACCCUUUUCAUGGAAACUAGUUCCUAUCACUACUGUAGUCUUAGGCAAAACGUAAAAUACUUGGGCAUGGUACAAUAUUUUCCUGCCUUGUAAGACCGAUUUAGCAUAAGGGAUGACAUUAUCAAAGAAACAAAAUUUAAGUAUUUGUCAAGAUUUGCUAAAGUUCUACAGAUUAUUGGUCAAGGGUAAGAGCUGGUUAAACUCCCACCUUGCAUCAUUGUUACAUCACAAAAGUAUGGUGUCACCAAGGUCCUGGACAUGUAAUGUCCCAUGCUUGUUUUCUCAUACCACAGAAUGCAGUCCCGACUGGUGUGUUUGGGAGGGAUAUUGUAAUUUUUCACAUACAUGCACUAAAAAAAUGCCUUUUAAACCAUCAAACAGAAGAAAAAAAAAUUUAGCUGAUCUUCAUUUAUAUAUAUAUCUAUAACAACAAAGAGACAAUGGUGUCAAAGAAAUUCAAUGUCAAAAUUUAAACAGAAAUCAAAUUCAUAAUAAAAAUCAAAAUAGGAAAUUGAGCACAAUUACGCUUUAAUAUUGAAUGCAA